AUGCCCGAAACACCGUCGUUCGAUCUAGAGAAGAUCAAACAGAGCUCGGACGGGAGCGUGACGUCCAUGGCUCUGCUGGCGUUCAACGAAAUCGUGGUGAACAACCCGUACUUCGCAGCAGGUGGAGGGUUGAUGUUGUUGGGGACAGGGUUGGCAGUAGCCAGAUCAUCCGUGAUCAAGUCGCUGUCGUUCCUUUACAGACAGAUGCUUGUGGACUUGGAAAUUCCGUCCAAGGAUAAGUCUUACUUGUGGUUCUUGGAGUGGAUGUCCCAAUACAAGCAGCGGUCCUCGAGACAUCUCUCCGUGGAAACCAAUUUCGUGCAGCACGACAACGGCAGUAUUACCACCAAGUUCUCGUUGGUGCCUGGACCAGGAAACCAUCUUUUGCGCUACAAGGGCGCAUUCAUGCUAGUUAAGAGAGAAAGACUGGGGAAGCUUUUGGAUAUGACCAAUGGGACGCCGUUUGAGACUGUUACGUUGACUACAUUGUACAGAGAUCGCAACUUAUUUUCAGAACUUUUAUUGGAAGCUAAAGAAAUGGCCCUCAAGGCCCAGGAAGGUAAAACUGUGAUAUUCACGUCGUGGGGCCCAGAAUGGAGACCCUUUGGCCAACCCAGAAUGAAGAGAAUGCUUGGCUCUGUCAUCUUGGACACAGGCGUCGCAGAUACCAUUGUUACCGACGUAAAGGACUUUUUGACUAGUGGCGACUGGUACCACAAGAGAGGUAUCCCCUACAGAAGAGGGUAUUUGCUUUAUGGUCCCCCCGGGAGCGGUAAGACCUCGUUCAUCCAGGCACUUGCCGGUGAGUUGGACUACAACAUCUGCAUAUUGAAUCUUUCUGAAAACAACCUAACCGACGAUCGAUUAAACCAUCUAAUGAACCACAUCCCUUCGCGCUCCAUCCUCUUGCUUGAAGAUAUCGACGCCGCAUUUAACAAGAGAGAGCAGGCUGAUGACAAGGGAUACGUACUGGGUGUUACCUUCUCUGGUUUAUUGAAUGCCUUGGAUGGAGUUGCAUCUGCAGAGGAAUGUCUCACGUUUAUGACUACCAACCACCCGGAAAAGUUGGAUCCAGCGCUCCUCAGGCCAGGAAGGAUAGACUUCAAGCAGUACGUUGGGAACGCUACGGACGAUCAAAUCAAAAGGAUGUUUCUCAGAUUCUAUGAGGGACAAGACGAACUAUGUGAGAAGUUCUUGGAAGAAUAUCACAAAUUGGACAUGGAAAGUAUCAGCACUGCUCAAUUACAAGGAUUAUUCGUGUACAACAAGCGGGACCCAAUCAGUGCUAUAAAGUCAGUGAAAAGCUUGAAACACCCAGAUAAUUCGAUCAUGUAA